UUUAGUUAGGAAAUGGAAUCGUUCGUUCCAUCGACAAACCCUAAGUUAGAUUUUGUGGUGUUCUUUCUUAAAUCAAUUAUUCAUUAUUGAGGAAGGCAAAAGUCUUCCCGGGAUUCUUCUUCUUCUUCUUCUCUGAUUCUGGUUUGUUAAUUAGAAAUUCCAUUAAUCUUCUGUCGCUUUUUUCAUUUCUUCGUUUUCGCGAAUCUGUCUGCUCUUAUUAUGAUCAAUAUUUUAGGUGAUGGAUUAACCUAAUUUUUUCUUUCAAUUUUGGUUUUCAAUCUUGACGAUUGGUUGUCCUGGAGGUUUAUAAAACCUGGGCCUUUUCUUUGACGGCAGAAAUAUGAGAAUUCAGCAGGAAGAUCGCCGCCAACAGCAACCGUCUCCGGCGGUAACUGCCAAUUUGUACAGGAUUAUUCCGUCUCGGGACGACAGGCUGAAACUCCCAUACAAGUUUGCUGAGGAACAUGGAAAUGAUCUGAAAACAGAAGGGGAGCUUGCUGUUCCCAACUGUUCCAUUUGAAUGUGCGAAGAGUGAUUGCAUGAUAUGGUCUGGUGAUGGCUGGAAUGAAUUCAUGGAGUAUUAUACCAUUUGUUAUGGUGAUUUGGUAAUGUUCCAGUAUAUGAUAGGAAGCUCAAAGUUUUGUGCUGUCGUAUUUCCAAUGAACGCUUCAGAGAUUGAGUGUCCAAGAAACCUGCACAAACACAAAUAGGAAGAUGAUUUCAGCUCGGUUGAAAUUGUUAGAUCAUCAUCAUCAUCAUCCAAACUGGGGAUCAUGAAAUCCAAUUGAAAGGAUAGGAACUUCAAAUGUAAGCUUAAGGUUUAAUUGAAAUCUUAUAACGAAGAUAGAAGUACCAUUUUUUAUGAGUCCAAAAUUCCUUGAUUUGCACUUGACCAAAGAAUCCCAAAUUUGAGUCUCGAAGCCUACAAUCUUUGCUUGGAAAAGUCUAUAGGCAUGGGGAACCCUAGCGUGCAAUUGACGGGCCAAACAGAAAGCUUCGAGAUUGACAGUGAUGAGGACUCAAAUCACCUCAAAUUCUACAAGUCAGACAUCAAUUGCAAAGUCGAUGAAUUGAUUAUUCCUGAGAACUUGAAGGAUGAUUUGAUGUGGCUAGCGGGUAAGAGACUGUGUAUUGAGGACGUAUCAGGAGGCCAAUGGGAGGCACUAAUGGGUAUCAAUGAGAAUGGUGAUUUGUGCUUCAAAAAGGGUUGGAUCAAUUUUGUCAAAGAUCACUCCUUGAGCAAGCGUGAGUUUUUGCUCUUCAUAUAUGAUGGCACUGAAACUUUUACUGUUAGAAUCUAUGAUAUCUCUACUGGGCUUGAGAAGCUAGAGUUCACUCCUCCUAUAAGGUCUCCAAAGAUUGAGACCACCAAAGGGUGUCCAUCGUGCCCAUCGAGCAUGAAGAGAAAACGAAAGACAAGGAUACCAAAGAGAAAGAGUUUUGUCCAAGAUCCAAGGGACAUAGUGAUUAUUGAUUAGGGUUAUAAGUUUAUGAAAAAUUGUCUUUCCUGAUGAGAAUGAACAAACUUUAUAUUGACAUCUUUUAACAAUUGUAUUGUAAUUUUUAGUUAUUUCUUA